AUGACGCUUGCGUCUCCGCUGCAGCAACAACCCCUACCUGUUGGACCCCGGCGCGACAGUCACAACGGCGACGACGACGACGAGCAGGACCGGCUGGAGCGGGACCUCGGCGUCGAGGCUGACGUAUCUCGUGUGCGCGAACAGCUUGGGCCGGAUACUAUCUCUGACGACGAGGACGACCAAGACGAAGAGGAGGACUACGACGACGAGGACGACGGCGAGGAAGACGACGACGACGAGGAACCGGCGUCGGCCGCCCAGCCGCAGGCGUCCCUCUACUACGAUGCGUCGACAAUGGCCUCGCUAAACCCCCUUUCCGUGGCCGCCCUCAACCGCCUGCGCGCCUACAAGCCGCCCCCCUUCCCCCUCUGGGACGCCCUGCCCGCCCGCCGCCGCGCCGCCGUCCUCGUUCUGCUCUACGCCGACCGCGCCGGCGACCUGCGCGUCGUCGUCACCAUGCGCGCCGCCAGCCUGCGCAGCUUCUCGGGCCACGCCGCCUUGCCCGGCGGAAAGGCCGACAGCGCCCUCGAGACGCCCUACCAAAUCGCCCGCCGCGAGGCCUUUGAGGAAAUCGGCCUCCCCAUGGACGACCAGCGCAUCCCGCGCCCCUUUCGCAUCGAGCCCCUCUGCCUCCUCCCGCCCUCGCUCGCCCGCACCCACCUCGUCGUCAGGCCCUGCGUCGCCUUUCUCCACGCCGACCGCUCCCUCUUGUCCUCCGAUGCCGCCGCCGAUGACGACGACACCGCGCCGCCCCUCGUAGAAGAGUCGCUCAUCCCGCGCCUCGACGCCCGCGAGGUGGCCGCCGUCUUCAGCGCCCCCUUUUACAACUUCCUCAAGACCGCCGACCUCGCCCCACCCCCCGGCCAGGCCCUGCCCCCCGGCCACUGGUACGACGGCGCCUGGAUCGCGUGGAAGGACGUGCCCUGGCGCGUUCACAACUUUUACGUGCCCGUCAAUAACCAGCGCGUGUCCAAGCCGCGCCCGCGCCGCCGCAGCAGCGCCGCCAGCGCCCAGAGCAACCUGGCCGGCGCGGUCGACGACCAGCUGGAGCUCGAGGGCCGGUUCAAGGUCUGGGGCAUGACGGGCCGCGUCCUCGUCGACGCCGCCCGCAUCGCCUACGCUGAGGAGCCCGAGAUGGAGCACAACCAGACACUUGGCGACUCCGAUAUCAUCAUGCGCGCCGAGCGGGAGGGCGCCUUCCAAGAGACCGCGCCGCAGGACAAGGCCAACGGGAACAAGGGCUCUCCCAAAAUGUAG